AUGGGCGCGCUCUGCUCCUGCUGCUGCGGCACGCGCGACGUUGUGCCUGACGCGCCCGACGUCAUCAUUCCCGAUCCGGAGGAGGACGAGCAGAUCGUCGUCACGAUCGAUCAGGCUGCGAUCGCGAGCCGCGACUACCUCGCGUACCGCGGGCUCGGCACGGAGGACCGGAACGAGCGCUGGUUCUUCCUCAACAAGUCGGGCUCCAAGUGGGGCGGCAACGUCCAGAUGGAGGUCGAGAACUUUGUUCGCGGCCUCGACCCGAACGACGAGAACAAGGGGCAGGUGCUGUGGCGGUCCGACUUCAUCGACCAGCCCUUCUUCCAGCAGCAGCUCCGCGACGUCGGCGGCAGCAUGCUCCAGUUCGCCUUCACCGGCUUCAUCGACUCGAUGUUUGACCGGCCGCACUACGACGACGGCUACUACAUCUCGCACGGCGGCGGCUGGGACCGCGACUACCGCACCUCCCUCUUCCUCAACUGGAACAUGCGGACCGAGGCGAGAUUACCCGAGAUUGCCCGAGAUUGCCCGAGAUUACGGCACCUCUUCCUCAACUGGAACAUGCGGAGCGAGGCGUCGCUCUCCUCGACGGUGCGCAAGGGGUUCGGUUUCCCGGUCAAGCUGGUGGUGUACGCGCAGGGCACCGGUGUCGCGCGCUACUUCGAGGUGGAGGAGCCGAUCUACGAGGAGCGCGGCGAGGGCGAGAACCGGCAGCGGGUGCAGGUGGGCACGCGCCGCCGCUGGGAGAGGCACGAGCGCGAGUACGUCGACUUCGUCCAGUUCGCCGUGUGCGACCUGGCGUCGGGGCAGCCGGUGGUCGACCAGUUCGGGGCAGCCGUCGUGUUCACUGUGCACGGCGACUCGGCCGACUGGACCAACAACUGCAGCACCAAGUUCUUCGACGUGCAGCAGCGCGGCGGCUGGUUCACGAAGGACCCUCCGACCAUCACGACCAAGGCGGGCGUCGACCCGGCGCUGGCGCUGCUCAUCGCGCACCUCUGCACCAAGGAGUUCUCGACCGCCCAGAUCAAGUCCAACUUCCACCCGCGCUUCCCGUACGACCCGCUCAGUGCCGUGUUCGGCUUCUUCUGAGCGCGCGCGAGUGCGAGUGUUCGCUCACUGGCUCACGCACUGAAUCGAUUGUUCAAUACCGUAUCGGCCGCCCCCAUUCGCCUCCGGCUGUUAGUGCGACCCGCGUACUGUACGGACUCCUUUCUCCCUACCCAUUUGCAUGCAGCAGCGCCACACGUACGUUCAACGUUGCGCUUCACGAGAGAGUGCGCUAGCGGUUUGUCGGGAGGUGGAGGGGGGCACAGGCUGCUCACCCACGUGCACCGGGCCAGUGCUUGCACUUUGAAUGCCGUGGGGCUCCUGCCCGUGUCCGGGUGUGAAGAUGCGAGGGUCGCCCCCCCUUGCCCUACCAUUUUGUGUGUAACUUCG